GUGCAGCGAAAAAUAAUAAUAAGCGAAAAUAACAGCGAGAAAGUCUUAAAAAAACAAUAAACACUCGCUUAUUAAAUCGAAAGCAAGCGAACGUCAAUGAGAAUAAUGUUGUUAUGGUGUGAAAGUAUUAUUUUUGGAAAUAUCGGAAUGCUUCGUUAAUUAUAUUAUCAUACGAGAUAGAGAGUGUAAAUUUUUCUUGUAACUAUAACAUGAAUUGUUAUUGAUUAAUCAAUUUUACGACCGGAAAUAUUUCUACAUUAUCAAUGCCACCGCGCAAUCGAAAGGGUCAGCCAUUCUCUCACAAAUGGUGGUCUAUGAAAAUGCGCAAGUAUCCAACAGUUCGAUCGCUGAAUGAACAGUCCUCACCGUUUCGCAAAAUGAUGCAGCAAAAUGCAGUGGUCGUGAAAAAUGCCGUCAAGUAUUAUGUAUCAGAGAAGCCAAUACUCGACGGCUUGAACAUGACCGUUCCAAAGGGUUCGAUAUAUGGACUUUUGGGCGCAAGUGGAUGCGGCAAGACGACACUGUUAUCCUGCGUCGUCGGAGUUAAGCAUCUCAACACGGGAAAUAUAUGGGUUUUGGGAGGAAAUCCAGGCAGACCGGGCUCCGGAAUUCCUGGACCUCGCGUAGGUUAUAUGCCGCAGGAAAUCGCCUUGGUCGGGGAGUUCACCGUGAACAGUGCUCUCUAUUACUUCGGCAGGAUUAACGGACUCGAGGACGAGGAGAUCGGAAUAAGACAGAAAUUUCUUUCGGAAUUGCUCCAACUGCCUCCAGCAAAUCAUUUGGUAAAAAACAUGAGCGGAGGUCAACAGAGGAGAGUCUCCUUCGCUGCUGCGUUGAUUCAUAGUCCUGAAUUUUUGAUUUUGGAUGAACCCACCGUAGGCCUGGAUCCAAUUUUGAGCAGCAAUAUCUGGAUCUAUCUAACCAAGAUCACUCAGGAGGAAGGCAUCACUGUAUUGAUCACAACGCAUUAUAUCCAGGAGGCUAAAGAUGCUAAUAUGAUAGGUUUGAUGAGAUGUGGUAAAUUGUUGGCGGAAUCGUCGCCACAAGAAUUGCUGAACCGAUUUAAUUGCUCAUCUUUAGAAGAAGCAUUCCUGGGACUGUGCCAGGCGCAAGAUAGCACGAUGCUCGAAAAUGCUUCCGAGGUUCCAGCGAUCAAAGAAAUUGAAGAUGAAGCGUUAAUUCAAGAUGAAGAUAAUUAUAAACGAAUGAAAGGUCGAAUCGCGGAUUACAAAGCAAGAGCGAUAUAUAAUGUCUCGGCAUCGAGAAGAUUCAAGGCUUUGAUGAUAAAGAAUGGUAUACAAUUUUUCCGUUAUUACUCAGGUAUAAUUUUCGCGGUGUUAUUCCCGCUAUUAGAAGUCGGCUCGUUUUUCGGCGGGGUCGGUGGUGAACCAAAAGACUUAACGAUUGGUAUCAUCAAUCACGAAGCUGGCAAUUGCGAUUACGGCAACAACAUCGGCAAAGUUUGGUUCGACGAAGAGAACCGCACUUGUCACUUUAAUAAUCUCAGUUGUAGAUUUCUUCACGAGUAUGGCGAUUCUAACAUAGAGCAGGAAUUUUAUGACAACAUGUCUGAAGCAACUGACGCUAUACGCGAUGGUGAUCUCGUCGGAAUAAUGUACUUUAAUCACAACUUUUCCGAAGCUCUACAGAGACGAAUUGAUAACUAUGGAACCGCUAAGACGGAAGAUAUUCUGUCCGGUCAGAUUGAUAUAUUUCUAGAUAUGGGUGAUAUGCAAAUUGGACAAUUCAUGGAGUAUAAGCUGUACAAACGCUUCUUCGAGAUUUUUGAGGGUGUGAUGAGAGAUUGUAAAUAUUCACCAAAAUUGGCUGGUGUGCCUAUUCAAUUUGAGAAUGCGACUUAUGGUGAUAUGGACCACGGUUAUGAUUAUUUUAUCGCACCAAGUUUCAUGAUGAUAUUGAUCUUUUUUCUGGCUACUACAAUCUCCACCACUUUAAUAAUCACGGAUCGGAUGGAGGGCGUUUGGGAUCGAAGCUUGGUUCAAGGUGUCAAGAACAGCGAAAUCCUGCUAGCUCAUAUUCUGACUCAGACUAGCCUCAUAAUUAUUCACGUUUCGGUAAUAAUGACCCUGUUCUUUCCUAUAUGGGAUUUAAAAUGUGAAGGGUCAUAUUUCCAUGUAUUCAUCAUUAUGUUUCUUAAUGGUCUCAGUGGACUAAUGUACGGUUUUUUCAUCUCCGUUACGUGUAAAACUCAUACUCUGGCGAAUUAUGCUUCGGCUGGAAGUUUCUUCCCAUUAAUAAUAUUAAGCGCAUCCAUAUGGCCGGUAGAGGGAAUACCAAAGGGACUUCGUAUCGUUAGUUACUCUAUGCCGACGACCUUGCCUGCCAUAGCCUUGAGAGCAAUUAUUUUCAAAGGUUAUUCUUUUGACAAAGAGGAGGUUUUCACUAGUAUUUUAGUGAGUUUAGCAUAUAUAAUAAUUUUUUUUAUCAUUGUAUUAAUCAGCCUAAGAUCGAAAACUUAAAGUAAUAGAAGCAUUUAGAAGUAGAAAGAAAAUAUAUUUGAAAAAAAGACAAUGCCUUGCAAUUAAUUAGGAUUAUGAUAGAGUUAGUUCGACAAAGAUACGAGGCAUUUCGCUUAACUCGAGCCAAAGUAUAUUCAUUUGAUAACAUAAAAAUUUAUAAAUAUCUUAUUUCUUUGAGUGACUAUUUACAAGAAA